AUGGGUCAACACUAUAAUGACAGAGGUGGUUAUGACAACCAAGAUCGUUUCCAAGGUGACAGAGACCGUUACCAAGGUGACAGAGAUCGGUACCAAGGUGACCGAGAUCGUUACCAAGACAAGCAGCAGGGAGGUUAUGGUGGGGGUGGGGCUAAUUACCAAAAUGAGCAAGAUCGUUACCGCGAUGACAAGAGUUAUCAAAGUUACUAUCAAGAUGACCCACGUUACCAAGAUGGUUCUCGUUACCGUGAUGACCCACGUUACCGUGACAACCAAGGUGAUUCUUACCAAAGAGGUCGGGAUGAUUACCGGGAAGGGAGAGGUUACCGUGACGACAGGGAUCCCAAUCGAGAUCGUUAUCCAGAAGCCAAAAGAUACGGUCGUGAUAACUGGGAGAGACAGAACGAGAAUCCUCGGGGAUAUGAGCAAGAGAGACGCCAGUAUGAUGAACAACGAUACCCUCGUGAUCCUGACUACCGUCACAACCCCAGGGGCUACGAGGGAAGGAAUGAAGAUAGGUAUGAUAGAGGAGACUGGAGGCCAGCAGGAGGAGGAGGAGUUAGGAGGGAUAAUAGUAAUGAUGAGUAUUAUGAUGAUGGAUAUGAGGAGAGGAGGAGAAUGGAUCAACGAGGAGGAGGAGGAGGUGGUAGGGAAUAUGUGGAUGAGGGUAGAUAUGAGAGGAGGAACCAGCGGGACCGGGAGGGAAGAGGAGGAGGAGGAGGGCAGUAUAGGGAAGAGGAGAGACGUAAGAAGCAGCAGAGUCAGCAGCAAAUUGAACCGCUUGUUAAACCAAGUUCUACUGAGAGCUCGAUUGAUGAUACAGAAAUAAAAACAGCAA